AUGCGACAGAUUGACUCCUGGUGCAAGGAGAACAGCUACGUGAUAGCUGGAUAUUACCAGGCGAACGAACGCGUGAAAGAUGCCAGCCCAAACCAGGUUGCAGAGAAAGUGGCCUCCAGGAUUGCCGAGGGCUUCACGGACACGGCACUCAUCAUGGUUGACAACACCAAGUUCACGAUGGAGUGUGUGGAGCCUGCCAUCCACGUGUACGAGCUGCACGAGAACAAGUGGAGGUGCAAGGACCCGCACAUUGAUUUUUGUGAAGAUUGGACUGAAGCCCAGAGAAUCGCUGCCUCUCUCUUGGACAGCAAGUCCUACGAGACACUGGUGGAUUUUGACAAUCACCUGGAUGACAUCCGGAACGACUGGACAAACCCGGAGAUCAACAAAGCUGUCCUGCACCUGUGUUAGAGGGGCUCCUACUGACUAAUCCACAGGCAUUCCCACUAUGUACUGAAGAGAGAAAAAUGCUAUUUUUGAAUGUAAAUAGAAUAAUAUUCAGUACCUUGUGUGGAAAGCUGACUGAUUAAAGGGGAGGGGCACGUCACGUGGCGCAGUGAUGUGUCCGUAAGCCAUUGAAUCUUUUUUGUGAGGUUCCUUGGAAGAGAUGCCAGCUGUCAGUUCCAGCUGUCCUCAUGGACACCAUCCCACUUGUAGUGAAUGUUGCUGUUCCUUGGAAACCAGGACUGCUUCUGCUUGGCCCCACUGUCCGUGUGACAAAGUUUUGACUAAGCUUUUCUAAUCUUUAGAGAGGUUACUUUUUAAUGAUUUAUGGAAAUACCUUUCCAAAAAAAAUCGAUGCUGUCCUCAGAUGAGAGAUUUUUAAGGGCAAAGACAUAAAAUGUAAGGUGAACGGUUUCUUCUGGCCUGGUUUGGAAUUGUAAUUCUGUUGGCACAGUAAAAUGCAAACUGCUGAGGA